AUGGACUCAGCGGACAAAUUCCUGACUAUGGGUGGGCCACUGGCUGGAACACAGUUCCACUCACACGGCCCGGCAUUCCUCUUGCUCGCUUCCGGAACAAAGCGUUGGUACAUGCAUGCGCCAGGGCACUUUCCCAACAUGACUGCUCGCGAGCUUCAUCGCCCGGUUUCCACGUUUGAAACCGAUAUCCUGCCAAACUUGGACUCACCUCCACUAACGUGCGUGCAGAAAGCUGGGGAUGCGAUCUUCGUGCCAGACGGCUGGUCGCAUGCCACAAUCAAUGUCGAGUCGACGCUGGGGGUGGCCUGGCAACGUACAGUUUCCUCCAGCGAUAUUUGUGUUCAUGGCUUCGAUUACUGGUGCCUCUACAAGAACUUAAUCAGCGCAGAGAGGCUGAGCCCGAAGAAGCAGCCUGCUCGAUACAAGGAGCUUUUCCAGCAGGCGGAAGAAGUCACAGGAGGAUUCCCUGUUGGCUUCCUGCGACACUUAACACCAUACUGGCAAGUCUCUGCAGAUGCCAAGGAGGCGUUCAAGUCCGUUCGCGGGAAAGUGAUGAAGUUUCUGAAGGCUGCGCAGGCACACAGCGACGAGGCAAUCCUGGCCACGGCUCUCCUGAAGCGCCUCGCGGACGUUCUCUUCACCGUGAAGAAGGAUGCGAAGAGAGCCUCGGACCUCCUUGCAGCAGGUUUGCGGAAAGCACCGGAAGCUGGUGUAGGUGUCUCUUUGGCGCAGCUGUUGGGUAAGCAGCAGCGCUGGAAGGAGGCAUCAGAGGCGUUGGUGCUGCACCUCAGCCACUUUCCCGAUGAUGACAGCGCUGCAUUGAUGCUGGAUCAGGCAAAGACCUUUGCGAGCCAGACAUGA